UCCUACAGUUAGUUUGCCUAAUCUCUCUCGGUUAUCUUCACAUGCAAAACCUCCGUUCCCCUCUCCCUACCCGAUAAACCCGUAGACCCCCCGAUUUGUUGAAAAUGGACCUCUCGGAGGUAGUCAAAAAGUUGGGCCUGUCUGAGUCCAAGCACUUGAUCCGGAAAGCCGCAGAGCUCCGUCGCCUCUGUGACGUCCAGUUCGACUCCUCCAUUAUCGGCGUCGGAGAGGUUUGUAAAGCUAUAAUCUGCUUAGAAAUCGCCGCGACAAGGUUAGGGGUUUUAUUUGAUCGGCAAAGUGCUAUAAGGCUGAGUGGCAUGUCGGAGAAGGCUUAUAGCAGGUCUUUCAAUUCGUUGCAGAACGGACUUGGCGUCAAGAACAACCUGGAUGUAAGGGAGUUGGCGAUUCAGUUCGGAUGUGUGAGGCUCAUCCCUUUUGUGAAAAAGGGCUUAUCUCUUUAUAAGGAACGGUUUCUGGCUUCAUUGCCAGCUUCUCGGCGGGCGAGUGCUGACUUCACUCGCCCCUUGUUUACUUCUGUGGCGUUCUAUUUGUGUGCUAAAAAGCAUAAGCUAAAGGUAGACAAGCUCAAGUUGAUCGAGCUCUGUGGUGCAUUUGAACCUGAAUUCUCUAAUGUUUCUACAUCCAUGAAGGACUUGUGCCAUGAUGUUUUUGGAGUUGCAAAGGAGAAGAAGGAUGCCGGAGAUGUAAAGGGGAAUCGAGAACUUUUGGACGUAUUACCUGGAAAAAGGAAAAUGGAGGAUGGUGGUUAUUUAUCUGAUGAUGAACCAGAGUUUUCAAGUUACAAGAAGAUCAAAAGAACCGAAAAACAUGCUUAUUUGUAGUGGAAAUCUUCUGUCGUUGCAUCUAACAACCAAAACAACACCAAAGUUCUUUGCAAGCGGACCAAGCAAAGUGGACUCUUAACUUUACAAAGUUGCAGAGACAUAACAGUUGGGAGGAGGCUAUGUAAGAGAAAUUUCUGGUAAUGCUGUGAUGGAAAUUCACGUGGGAAGAAAAGCUCAAGACAUGGUUUUGGUCAUGUAAGGUGUCAAGCUUGGUUCCUUAUACGUGUUAAUCAUGAUCUGCUCAAUUAUUAUUUUAUGAUGUGAUAUUAAAUGAUUGGAAGGGUAUUUAUUAAAUUUUAUUUAUCUACCAAUCACUUAAUAUCACAUUAUUUUUUUUUUUCUUAGCCAAUAAGGCAUUUAUAGAUAAA